CUCUUAAGUGGCUCUUAAAUCACUAAGAGCCUCUUGUUUCUCUCUCCUCUCUCCUCAAAGUUAAGAGCCACCACAUGGCUCCUAACUUAUUUUUUCACAAUAAAAAAAUCCUUCCCUCCAAUUCACCUCCAUCUUUCCUUCUCUUUUGUUACAGUGGAGCCCAAUAUAUGAAUAAAAUAUGAAAUAGAGAAGAGAUGUAGAGAGUGUUGUUGGAGUUUACACUCUUAACUUUGUCCUAAAUUACUAAGAGCCACAUUUUUUAUAUUAUAUUUAGGAGUCAACAAGGAGGCUCUUGGAGAUGCUCUAAACACGAGGGCUGCUGUUUCAAAUUGGCGCCAAAAACAUUAAACUCGUCUAGUUGUAUUGUGCUCAAACUCAUCAUCUAGCUGCUUCUGCUGAUCAAACAACCCUGAAACAUUCUUCAAUCGCGAUUCCCAUGUUAAACACUUGUGUAGUGACAGAAAAUUCUCGGAAGCUAUUCACAUUUCUACAGAAAAAACAAAACACUCGCUUGUGGGAUUUGUAUCGUAAAUGUGGGUGUGUUGGUGAUGUGCGGAAGGUGUUUGCUGGAAUGUCUGAGAGAGAUGCGUGUUCUUGGAAUAUAAUGGCAUUUGGGUAUGUGAAAGCGGGGGAUUUGGGGGCUGCUAGGGGGUUGUUUGAAAUGCCGGAAAGGGAUUAUUUUUCGUGGAAUGAAGUUUCAGGGUAUGUGAGGUAUGAUCAGCCGGGUGAGGGGUUGGAGUUGUUUAGUAUGGAGAAGAAUGGGGAUUUGGGGAGCAGUAAGUUUGUGGUUUCGAGUGCCCUUUCGGCUUGUUCUGUUGUGAGAUGUUUGCGUGCUGGGAAGGAGAUUCAUGGGCAUAUAGUGAGGACGGGGUUGGAUUCUGAUGAAGUAGUUUGGAGUUUGUUGUCAGAUAUGUAUGGGAAAUGUGGUAGUAUAGAUGAUGCAAGGCAUAUAUUUGACAAAUCUUUGAAUAGAGAUGUUGUUCCGUGGACGGCCAUCAUUGAUAGGUACUUUGACGAUAGAAGGAAGGAAGACGGGUUUAAACUAUUUAUGGAGUUGUUAAGUUCGGGGAUUAGACCAAAUGAGUUUACUUUUGCUGGGGUUUUGAAUGCAUGUACAAGUCAAUCUGCAGAAUAUCUGGGGAAACAAGUUCAUGGUCAUAUGAUUCGGAUUGGGUGUGAUCCGUCAUCAUUUGCAACUAGCAUCUGCACACUAGUCCACAUGUAUUCCAAGUUGGGAAACAUGGAGAAUGCUUAUAGGGUUUUCAAAGACAUACCGCAGCCUGACUUGGUUUCAUGGACUUCUUUGAUCAAUGGAUAUGCUCAGAAUGGUCAACCUCAUGAAGCUCUUCGGUUAUUCGAGUUGCUUCUUAAGUCUGGUAAUAAACCUGAUCACAUUACUUUCAUUGGAGUUCUCUCUGCUUGCACCCAUGCUGCAGUUGACAGAGGGCUAGAGUAUUUCCACUCAAUAAAAGAGAAACAUGGUCUAAAAUACACUGCAGAUCACUAUGCUUGUGUUGUUGAUCUCCUGGGUCAUUCUGGCAGAUUUAAAGAGGCUGAAGAUAUCAUUGUAAGCAUGCCCAUGAAACCAGAUAAGUUUCUUUGGGCUUCCUUGCUUGGUGGUUGCAGAAUUCAUGGAAAUAUAGAAUUGGCAAAACGAGCAGCUGAAGCAUUAUUUCAGAUUGAACCUGAUAAUCCAGCUACUUAUGUUACUCUUGCAAAUAUUUAUGCCACUGCUGGUAAAUGGGAUGAAGUGGCAAAACUCAGAAAGGCUAUGAAUGACAAAGGAGUUGACAAGAAACCAGGUAUUAGUUGGACGGAGAUCAAAGGAAAAGUCCACACUUUCAUGGUGGGAGAUAAAUCCCACCCAUAUUCUACUAAAAUAUACGACUAUCUGUCAGAACUGUUCAGAAGAAUGAAGGAAGAAGGGUAUAAUCCCGAGACAGACUAUGUGCUGCAUGAUGUAGAAGACGAACAAAAGGAGCAAAAUAUAUUCUACAAUAGUGAGAAGCUUGCAGUUGCAUUUGGAAUUAUUGCUACUCCACAGGGAACCACCAUUAAAGUUUUUAAGAACCUAAGAACUUGUGUUGAUUGCCAUACCUCAUUCAAAUAUAUCUCCAAAAUUGUUAAGAGAAAAAUAAUAGUAAGGGAUUCAACCCGAUUCCAUUGUUUUGAGGGAGGAAGCUGUUCUUACAAAGACUAUUGGUGACUUGGGAUAUAUUAACUUUGAAAGUUAUUGGAUGAUUGUUAAUUGAAGUGAGCUAUGAACUUAUGGGUAUGGUUUGAACUGUUUGUUGUUUUGUGGUUACAUUCGUUCUCUUUUACUUCCUCAAACUUUCAGUUCCCCAUUCGU